AUGCAGCAGAACUCGAGAGGCACCACCGAGCAGAGGAGCGGUAAGCGCAAGUCUAUCGGUAAGAGGAAGCUCUCUGAUCAAGAGGAGGCAUUGCAACAACCCCAGCAGCAGCAAGCGAACAUUUCGGAAUUCCUCUCUCGAAACCAUACGACCCCCGCCAGAGGUCAUCACCAACAGACGUCCCCAACGAGCAAGCGUCUACGGCUAUCGCCACCCUUAUCGAACUCUGUCCCUUCGGCUUACUCGCGAGAUCGCAGCGCUUCUGACAGGAUGUACAAUUUCGCAAAUGCAGAGUCCAGGCCUGGCGCGCCGAUGGGACAGAGUGCGAGCGGGGCCGAUCUUCCUAAUACUACCACCAAACCUCGCACCUUCAACGCAACGUCGCGCCAAAACAAUUUCACUCCCCACACUGGAGCAAAGCGGUUGGUCGUGAAGAAUCUCCGCACUGGAUCACGGUUGAAUCAGGAAUCGUAUUUCGAGAAGAUCUGGGGCCAACUUGAUGCAGCGCUGUCGGCGAUCUUUGGUGGUGGAAAGCCUGAGAUAUCGCUCGAGGAGCUUUACAAGGGUGCCGAAAAUGUAUGUCGCCAGGGUCGAGCUGCAGUUCUAGCCAAACGGCUCCAAGAUCGGUGUCGAGAACAUGUGUCUGGAAAAUUACGCGAUAAAUUGGUGGCAAAGGCUGCAGAUGGGAGCAACGUCGAUACAUUGCGGGCGGUUGUUGAAGCAUGGUCGCAGUGGCAGUCAAAGCUGGUUACCGUGCGCUGGAUAUUCUACUACCUCGACCAGUCAUUCCUCCUCCAUUCCAAAGAAUUCCCCAUGAUACGUGAGAUGGGCUUAAUUCAAUUCCGGCAGCACAUAUUUUCCGAUGCAGUAUUACAGCCGAAGAUUCUGCAGGGCGCUUGUGACCUUGUUGAGGCGGACCGUGGCGAAGAACAAAGCGUGGUGGCGGACUCGUUAUUACUUCGAAAUACAAUUGAACUUUUCCACGGCCUUGACAUCUAUACGACUGGCUUUGAACCGCUAUUGAUAUCGGAAUCCAAGAAAUACUUCUCUUCAUGGGCCCAGCGAGAAGCAACAGGGUAUUUGGCUACUUUUGCGGAGAACAGCCACCGUUUAAUUGAGCGCGAAGUAACUCGAUGUGAGCUGUUUUCGCUGAAUAGGAGCACCAAGCAGAUGUUAUCAGAGCUCCUGGAUCGAGCCUUGGUAACAGAGCAAGAAGAUGUUCUGCUCAACCAGCCUGAUAUACUAGGCCUACUGCGUGCAGGGAACAAGGUUGCCUUAGAAAGGCUUUACUCACUCCUGCAACGGAAGGAUCUUGGUGCGAAGCUGAAGACCGCUUUCAGUGGUUAUAUCAUUGAGGAGGGCUCUGGGAUCGUCUUCGACGAGGAUAAAGAAGCAGACAUGGUGGCUCAUCUAUUAGAGUUCAAGCAGCAACUUGACGAUAUCUGGGUACAUUCUUUCCACCGGAAUGAGGAGUUGGGCCAUACACUCCGCGAAGCCUUUGAGACGUUCAUCAACAAGGGAAGAAAGUCGGAAGCUACUGGAGGUACUGACAACCCCAAGACUGGAGAGAUGAUUGCCAAGUACGUGGACCGGCUCCUCAAGGGCGGGUGGAAGCUCGCACCUGCACGCAAGGCGGAGGACAUGCCACUUGCCGAUGAAGAUGCCGAAAUCGACAGGCAACUGGAUCAGGUCUUGGACCUGUUCCGUUUUGUCCAUGGCAAAGCAGUUUUCGAGGCCUUCUACAAGAAUGAUCUCGCUCGUCGGUUGCUGAUGGGCAGGAGCGCCAGCGACGAUGCGGAAAAGAGUAUGCUGGCAAGACUCAAGACAGAAUGUGGAUCAAGCUUCACGCAUAAUCUGGAGUCGAUGUUCAAAGAUAUGGAUGUUGCACGCGAUGAAAUGUCGGCCUACAGCUCAAUACAGCGCGAACGACGGGACCGUCUACCGGUGGAUUUGAACGUCAGCGUGCUUUCUGCAUCAGCAUGGCCAACAUAUCCCGAUGUUCAGGUGCGGAUACCGCCAGAAAUUGCGACUGCUGUCGACGAUUUCGAAAAGUUCUACAAUACCAAAUACAACGGGCGCAAGCUCAACUGGAAGCACCAAUUGGCACAUUGUCAGCUACGCGCAAGAUUUCCCAAGGGAGACAAAGAACUGGUGGUCAGCUCCUUCCAGGCGAUCGUUCUGUUGCUCUUCAACGAUAUUCCGGAGGGUGGAAGUCUCGGGUAUUCACAGAUACAGGAGGCGACCAUGUUAUCUGAUCAAGAAUUGAAACGAACGCUGCAAUCGCUCGCAUGUGCGAAAUACCGUGUUCUAAGCAAGAAGCCGAAGGGCCGGGAUGUGAAUACAACAGACGAGUUUUCAUACAACGCGGCAUUCACCGACCCGAAGAUGCGGAUUAAGAUCAACCAAAUUCAGCUGAAAGAGACGAAGGAAGAGAACAAGACCACGCACGAGCGGGUGGCUGCCGAUCGUCAUUAUGAGACACAAGCGGCGAUUGUGCGAAUCAUGAAGAGUCGCAAGACGAUCACGCACGCAGAACUCGUGGCUGAGGUUAUCAAGGCAACCCGAAGUCGCGGAGUGUUAGAGCCAGCGGAUAUCAAGAAGAAUAUUGAGAAAUUGAUUGAGAAAGACUACAUGGAGCGCGAGGAAGGAAACCGGUACCAAUAUGUGGCCUAG